AAAGUUUGAGGAUCAUUAAAUUGGAUUGACCUCUGAGGUUAUAUUUUAUUUCCAGGAUUCCUUUCGGAUCUAAAUGUCACGCAGGGAUUUUAAAACGUUUUUGAUGACGACGUUUAUUAAGAAAACAGGCGUCUUGGUGCUGAGCUGGGGAAGUCUGUGGUGUAUCAAGAGACCAAUGGAGAAACAAGAGUUGAAAUAAAAGAAUCUGUUCGAGGCCAAGAUGUUUUCAUUAUACAGACAAUACCCCGAGACGUGAACACCGCUGUGAUGGAGCUCCUGAUCAUGGCUUACGCACUGAAGACUGCCUGCGCCAGGAAUAUUAUCGGAGUCAUCCCUUACUUCCCCUACAGCAAGCAAAGCAAGAUGAGGAAGAGAGGCUCCAUCGUGUGCAAGCUCCUGGCGUCUAUGCUGGCGAAAGCGGGUUUAACUCACAUUAUCACUAUGGAUCUUCACCAAAAGGAAAUUCAAGGCUUUUUCAGCUUUCCCGUGGACAACCUUAGAGCCUCACCUUUCCUGCUUCAGUAUAUCCAGGAAGAAAUUCCAAAUUACAGAAAUGCAGUCAUUGUAGCUAAGUCUCCUGAUGCUGCAAAAAGGGCCCAGUCAUAUGCUGAGAGACUCCGUCUGGGCUUGGCUGUGAUCCACGGGGAGGCUCAGUGCACCGAGCUGGACAUGGACGACGGCCGCCACUCUCCCCCAAUGGUCAAAAACGCCACGGUCCACCCCGGCCUGGAGCUGCCGUUGAUGAUGGCCAAAGAGAAGCCACCGAUCACCGUGGUCGGAGACGUUGGCGGGAGGAUCGCCAUCAUAGUGGACGACAUCAUUGAUGACGUGGAAAGUUUCGUUGCUGCUGCAGAGAUCCUGAAGGAGAGAGGCGCCUACAAGAUCUACGUCAUGGCCACGCACGGCAUCCUGUCCGCGGAGGCCCCCCGCCUGAUCGAGGAGUCCUCCAUCGACGAGGUGGUGGUGACCAACACCGUCCCUCACGAGGUGCAGAAGCUGCAGUGCCCCAAGAUCAAGACGGUGGACAUCAGCCUCAUUCUCUCUGAAGCCAUCCGCAGGAUCCACAACGGGGAGUCCAUGGCCUACCUUUUCCGGAACAUCACUGUGGACGACUAGCUUUCACGGUGGCCUUGGCCUGGGACUCCUGAGCAAAACAGUGCCAUCAAUUAUGUACCUGGUGUUUCCUUUCAAGGGAGUCGGAUCGACUCCCGCCAAGUGUGGUCGGUGGGAAGCAUUAAAAUAGUCGAGAGGGAGACAAAGCUCAUGGAUAAAUGGCCUUAAAUGUGUGCCCUCACCCUCCUGUUCCUUAAAGGAAAGCUACCGGCACUUUCCUGAGAAGAACCAGAAAGCCUUACGGUGUUGACAGGACUCACCACAGGCAGUUUUCACUCUAGAACGUUCAUUCAGUUGUUUCAGCCGCAGGGAAAUGCGUGUCAUGUUCAGCCCGGGGAGGGAAGCCAGUUGUCCUCCAAUUGUCCUCGCCUUAGGCAAGCGCAGGUGAACCUUCUGGAGAGAAUUGCGUUUUCCUGGAGAAACUGCUGUGUCUGCAGCCAGUGAGCAGUCGGGCGGCGGAAUGUUGCUCCCCAUCAGGACGCAGGUCAGAAUAGCGCCCUCUCUGGUGUGUGCCUUGCGCUUCAGUUGCAAAUGAAAGGCUCUUCACGCCGUGGCACAGCCACUCACUGUCGUGCCUCCUGGUGACUAACUGGGUCCAGACUCUGCAGGAGACGAGGGAUACAGUAAAGGGGGGGGUCCGUGGUGGUCCCAGUCCCAGGCCGCAGCCUUUGCAGGUCCUGUCCUUCCACCCAUUGGAGUGAGAUCCUCGUUGAGUAAUAGGGUUAAGAUCUAAAUUUGUAAAACAACUAAUUGUACGUUUCCCAGUUGGAGGUGAAUCACUUAUUGAAUCACUUAGGACUGCACUUGGCCUUUCUACCCAACAUUUAAACUUACACAGUCAGAACCCUGACUUGCACCCGUUUGUCAAGGGGACCUUGCUGCCGUGUGGUGUAAACUUUCCACCCUUCUGGUCUGAUCCGGGUCAGGGCCGAGUGUAGUGAUGGGAAGGAGGGUGUCUGCCCGGCUGUGACCCGGAAUUGCUUAUUGGGUCUGGUAGUUCCUCGGAGACAAUAAAGGCCAAUUUGCACAUUU